CAGUCAUCGUCUUCUUCAUCACUUCCACAAUCUUCAACACAAACCCUAAACCACCUUACCAGAUUCAUCAAUGGCGAUCUCUCCGAGAUCUCCGGCCAUUUUCCUCCUACUAACACUCCUCUCACUCUCCACCACACCACCACUCACCACCGCCACCUCCGCCGACGCCGAUCUCCUCUCCGAACUCCAGUCCAUCCAAUCCCGCUCCACUUCCUCCGUCAUCCACCUCUCCGACCACCUGCUCCGCCGCAUCAUCACUACCAGACCCCGCUCCUUCUCAAUAAUCAUCUUCUUCGACGCCGUUCAACUCCACGACAAAUCCGAACUCCACCUCAAAUCACUCAAAUCGGAAUUCUUUUUACUAUCAAAAUCCUUCUCAAUCAACCACCAAGACUCCAGAUCUACACUCAACAAACUCUUCUUCUGCGAUAUCGAGUUCGGCGAAUCGCAACAAUCGUUCGCUCAGUUCGGCGUCAAUGCGCUGCCGCACAUCCGCCUCCUUCCACCGGACGCCGUAGAUCUGAAAUCCGGCUCGGUUGCAAUGGACGCCGGAGAUUUCUCCGGUUUAGCGGAAUCUAUGGCGCAGUUUAUCCAAUCGAAGACGAAACUAACAAUCGGUAACAUUCAUCGUCCUCCGCUUCUUUCGAAAACUCAGUUAGGGCUUGUAAUUGCUGCGUUUUUAGUAUCGUUACCGUUUCUGUUUAGGAAGUUAUUAGCUGGUGAAACUUUGUUUCAUGAUAAGAGGUUUUGGUUAUCCGGAUCUGUGUUUGUGUACUUCUUUAGUGUUUCGGGGACGAUGCAUAACAUAAUUAGGAAGAUGCCGUUGUUUAUAUCGGAUAGGAAUGAUCCGAAUAAGCUGGUGUUCUUUUACCAGGGGUCUGGGAUGCAGUUGGGGGCUGAGGGGUUUGCGAUCGGGUUUUUGUACACGGUUGUUGGUUUGUUGUUGGCUUUUGUUACUCAUGUUUUGGUUAGGGUGAGGAGUGCGGUUGUUCAGAGGACGAUUAUGAUUAUAGCGAUGGUUGUUUCUGUUUGGGCUGUGAGGAAGGUUGUGUAUUUGGAUAAUUGGAAGACUGGGUAUGCGGUUCAUGCUUACUUGCCUUCGAGCUGGUGAAGAGGUUGUGACUUGUGAUACUGGUUGGUUGCUUCUUCUUUUGAGUUUUUAUCUUUUAGCUAUGGCUGCUUAAGCUUAACUAAUACCUGUAGAAUUUUGUGUUGCUACUUAUAAUAGAUUCGGUUUUAUCUUUUUCAUGACCUAAUACUUGCUUCAAAGUUCAAACAUUAGGUCUAAAAAAGUGUUGCUACUUAUAAUGGAUUCUGUUUAUCUUUUACAUGAUCUAAUACUUGUAGAA